GCUCGCGGGCAGCCAGCAGCACCCCUGGUGGCACAGGAGACACGGCCCCAAGUGAAGGAGUGAAGGAAGCCCGGUCCCCGAUGGGGCUGACCUGCCGGCUGGGCUCUGCAGGCAGUCGGAAGCCGGAGCUGCGGCGCAGGACCGAAGAGGUUAACGCGCAUCUGCCUCCGAAUGUUAAUGUGUCUAGGUGAUGUCAGUGGGAGCCGGGGAAGGAGGGUGGGGAGAGCGGCGGGGAUCGCAGGCGGCAGAGACUGCCGGGCGGCCCGAGGAAGACCCCCCUUCCGGACUGCGGGGCUCCGGGGGCCCGGGCUCGGUAUUCGCGCGGGAGGCUGCGGCAACCUGCGUGGGCGGACGGGCGAGCUGGCACCCGCGGCGCGGCGGGAUGGACCUGGAAGCCUCGCUGCUGCCCACCGGCCCCAAUGCCAGCAACACCUCGGAGAGCCCGGAUAACCUCACCGCGGCCGAGCUGCCUCCUCGCACAGGGAGCAUCUCCUACAUCAACAUCAUCAUGCCUUCAGUGUUUGGUACCAUCUGCCUCCUGGGCAUUGUCGGGAACUCCACAGUCAUCUUCGCGGUGGUGAAGAAGUCCAAGCUGCACUGGUUCAGCAAUGUCCCCGACAUCUUCAUCAUCAACCUCUCGGUGGUGGACCUCCUCUUCCUCCUGGGCAUGCCCUUCAUGAUCCACCAGCUCAUGGGCAAUGGGGUCUGGCACUUUGGCGAGACCAUGUGCACCCUCAUCACGGCCAUGGACGCCAACAGUCAGUUCACCAGCACCUACAUCCUGACCGCCAUGGCCAUUGACCGCUACCUGGCCACCGUCCACCCCAUCUCCUCCACCAAGUUCCGGAAGCCCUCUGUGGCCACCCUGGUGAUCUGCCUCCUGUGGGCCCUGUCCUUCAUCAGUAUCACCCCCGUGUGGCUCUAUGCCAGGCUGAUCCCCUUCCCAGGGGGCACCGUGGGCUGCGGCAUCCGCCUGCCCAACCCAGACACUGACCUCUACUGGUUCACCCUGUACCAGUUUUUCCUGGCCUUUGCCCUGCCCUUCGUGGUCAUCACGGCCGCCUACGUGAGGAUCCUGCAGCGCAUGACAUCCUCCGUGGCCCCCGCCUCUCAACGCAGCAUCCGGCUGCGGACAAAGAGGGUGACCCGCACGGCCAUCGCCAUCUGCCUGGUCUUCUUCGUGUGCUGGGCGCCCUACUACGUGCUUCAGCUGACCCAGCUAUCCCUCAGCCGCCCGACGCUCACUUUUGUCUACCUGUACAACGCAGCCAUCAGCUUGGGCUAUGCCAACAGCUGCCUCAAUCCCUUUGUGUACAUCGUGCUCUGUGAGACGUUCCGGAAACGCCUGGUCCUGUCGGUGAAGCCUGCGGCCCAGGGGCAGCUCCGCGCUGUCAGCAAUGCCCAGACAGCUGAUGAGGAGAGGACAGAAAGCAAGGGCGCCUGACGCUUCCCCCUGCCACCCUGGGCACCUUCACUUCAGGACUCCACAGCAGACCGUGGGGAGAGACGCUGAGAGCAACCCAAGACUGCUCUGGGAGGUUGUAGGGAGGCGGGGUGGGGAGCGGUGGUCACAGACCACUGGGGAGGCUUGGCGCCAGGUUUGGGGGCUCCAAGCAUCAGAAAUCUCCUUCCGAGAGCUGGAUGGACCUUCGGGUUGAACAGACACUGAGCAGGAAGACUGGUUUAAGUGUUCACUACACCUGCUAGCUCCCAAAUGUCUUUUUCCCAAGAGGAGAAGCAGAAGGCUUCUGGCCAGAUUUGUUUAAGAUCAGGCAGGGCUCAGGUGUGCGCCGCGGUACGGCACAGGGCCCUGGGGAGAUGGGAGAGGUGAUAGAGCCUCAACGCCCUCUCCUGUCUCUCACGGGUAGGACGGAAGGCAACCUUUCUCCCAAGCUGGAGGAUGAUGAAGAAUAAAGCAUGCGGGCUCUCCAGAUUCGAGCAUCCUGUGUCAAUUUCCCUUUAUCUCUAGGCAAUGCAUGUUUCUUUGGGGGGUGGGGAUGGGGCUGUGAGCCCACAGGGGUAAAAGCCCAAUUUAGUAGGAGAUCCACUACCAGGGAACGACAAGGCUAUCUUGGGUGGGUGCAGGUGGGGGCUUUGAAAUUAAGAAAAAUGGGGAGGGGCAAGGGGGCUUUGCAGCUGUGAGGAUAUUGUCUCCAUGGGGUGCAUUUGUCAGUCACCAGAUCCAGAGUGACACCCAUCAGGGUCCUGCACGUUCAGGGUUCAUUCUGAGGCCUGGAGCUUUGGACAUCAGCUUUUUGCUCCAGCCCUGUCUCUCUGAAGUUAAAAAGAAAAAAAACAAAUAAAGGAAAAUCUCCACCCACA